AUGUCCUCUGCUAGGUUUGGCGUAGGUGGCCGCAAGGGUACUCCAGAUGUCUGCUGCAGUUUGAGAUCUGGAAACCAUUGGUUGAAUGGAGAGCGAGAUAGCACCAAGAAGACCGCUGUAGAUCAGCUUGUCUUGACGUUUCCACAGAGUGUAUGCUGGAUUUACAGUCUGUGUUUCGUUGGUGGUAAUGGUCGAGGCUGGUGGUGUGACGGAUCCAUCAAGAUAACCCGCCAGUUCGUAGCCGUCGAGAAGAGCAUGUACCUGAAGGCUCCACAUCAGAUACAGUUGCAGCCAUGA